AUGAUCAAAAUCAAAGUCGAGUUUCUCGGCGGCCUCGAUAUCAUCUCCAACAAAGUCAGAGAACACCGCGUGUCGUUGCCCUUGGAAGAAGGCGAGGCGACAAUGAAAGAUGUCAUUGAGCACAUCACCAAGACCAUCAUUGCAGAUGAGAAGGAUAUCCCUGUGUUUCUUGAGGAGGGGACGGUGAGACCGGGGAUAUUGGUUUUGAUUAACGAUACGGACUGGGAGCUUGAGGAGAAGGAGGAGUAUGUGGUGGAGUCUGGCGAUGUGUUUACGUUUACGUCGACGCUUCAUGGGGGAUAG